CCGAAAUUAGUAUUCCGGUAUAACUUCCGGGGCGUUCAACAUCAUCAGCAGCUAAGAUGAACGCAGCAUCCUCCACUAUGUUCACGAAGAAAAAAAGCACUGGAAAGAAAUAUUGUUGUGUCCCAGGAUGCAGUCAUACAUCUGACAAGAUAGGACCAGAUGGAACAAAAUUUAUACUUCACCGUAUUCCCAUGUCAGAAAAAAAAGCCCAUAUUAAAAAACUGUGGAUUCAGAGACUUAAAAAUGUGAGGGCAAACUUAAUUGUUAAUGACAGCACAAGAGUUUGUAGUGCUCAUUUUGAUGGACCAUUUACACAUGAAUCAAUUCCAACUAUCUUUCCUUCUAAGCCAAUGAAGAAGGUGACUACACAUCGUCCACUUUUUAGAAAAGAAGUCCAUUCAGAAAAUACAAAUACUGACACAGCGGAGUUAGACGAAAAUGAAAAUAUAAAAAUACCAAACAUUAGUAUCAUGAAGGAUCUUAAUAUUGCCUCUGACAUUGACAAAGUAAAUACGUGUUCAUUCAGGACAAGCUGUACACAAACUGAAAUUACUACAUUUACAACCAAUGCAAGUACAUGUACAACAACAGACAAUAUUGAGACAGAUAUCAAGAUCCAUUCUGUGAGUGUAGGCAUUCAGACAGACUUGCCACAAAUAACAAUUGAAAAUGUGAAACAUGAUAAUGCCAAAGUUAGAUUUUACACUGGAUUUGUUAAUUUUAGUGUUUUUUGGAUGUUCUUUUCAGUACUACUUAAACAUGGAGCAGAUAAGCUGAAUUAUUGGGAAGGAGAAUCCCGAUCCAUGGGUGAAAAAUCCUACCAACAAGAAGGAAAUUUAAAACCAGGAAGAAAGCGCUUUUUAAGACCAAUUGAUGAAUUCUUUAUGGUUAUGAUGCGAUUGCGACUAGGACUUCUGCAGGAACAUUUAGCUGAUAUUUUUAGAGUGUCUGAAUCCACUGUUUCUCGUAUAAUGAACACUUGGAUUAACUUUCUAUUUGAUAAUUGCAAAUCAUUAGUAACCUGGCCAACACGAGAACAAAUAGUUUGUAACUUGCCAAAACUUUUCACUGGGCAUCCAGAUACAAGAAUUGUGGUAGAUUGCACUGAAUUUUACAUUGAAAAACCUUCAUCAUUAAAGGCUCAAUGGAUGACAUGGUCUGAAUACAAGCACUCUAACACCUUCAAGGUACUGAUUGGUGUAACACCAAGUGGCAUGGUAACUUUCAUUUCUAGACUGUGGGGAGGAAAUGUGUCAGAUCGACACAUUGUGCAACAUGAUGAAUUUUUGCCAAAACUUAGCAAAGGGGAUGUAAUUAUGGCUGAUAAGGGCUUCACCGUAGAAGACCUGCUUCCAGCCGAUGUGGGACUAAAUAUGCCACCAAGAGUCUCAACGAAGAAGCAGAUGUCACACCUGGAAUUUUUUAAAACCAAUAGCAUUGCUUCUGCAAGAAUAGUUGUGGAAAUGAAAAUGGAGCAAAUAAAAAACUAUAAUAUACUAAACUCUCGUUUACCAAUAUCUGAGGCUCAUUUAUCAGAGCAAAUGAUUUUCAUUUGUGCCGCAUUUACAAAUUUGUUGCCUCCACUUCUUAAAUAAAACUGUUCAUGUAUUUUGCUUGCUAAUCAUGCCAAUUUAACUUCCAAAAUUUAAAACUUAUUAAGACCAAAUAAUGGAAAUUCCAAGAUAUUCAUAUAUUUUGUAUUUAAUGGUUGUACAUGUACAUACACAGUGUCAGGGAUGCAACAUAAUCAGUUGAAAUUGUUGUAUACAUUUUUGUAUGCUUAAAAGCAGAAUCGAUAGAAAAAUAUGACUAAAAUUAUAUAUAGUUAUUUUCAGUAUGUCUGUCAUGUCUGUCAUUAAAAAUAAAACAUUUUAAAUCAUGGGAACUCUUUUAAAAAAAUUAAAACACAAGUUUAUUUUAACAAAAUUAAUAUAUACUUGGUGUAUUUUUGUCAAAAGAAUCAACACUAAUAUGAAAGAAAUUACCUUUACUUUAAUUAUUAAAUGAUUAUAUUAUUUAAAAACUUUAACCUACAUUUUAUAAUUCAUAUAAUUUCUUUCAACUGUUCUGUCUGUUGUAAAUGGAAAGUGUCAGGAGUGCAACAAAAUCUGGUUAAACACGGUGUUGAUAUACUAUUUUUUUUUAUUUAUUAUUAUUGAUAUUUGAAUAAUUUUUUUUUGGUGUACGCCUUCUAAAAGGGUUACUCUUACAUGGAAAGUAAUUUAUCUUCAUUUUCUUAUCAUUUUUUAUCAUUAUAAAAUCUUUUUUGAACCUGAGCCUCCAAAAAAAAUGAGGGAGAAAACGACAAAAAUAAAUGUAAAACAAACUGUAUUUAUGACAGAAACUAAUAACUAUAUUUCCUGCAAUUAUUUGCAGAGCAAAAAAAACUGUCAAUCUCGGUUUUGAAUUCUUUUCAAAAGGUAGUAAGCAAUGUGUUCAUGUUAUGUUUUUUUUUUUGUUAUAUCCUGUUAAUAAAAAUGAUGAAACUUU